UGCGGACCUGGAGCGGGUCCGCGGCGCCGCACCCGUUGCUCGGCCCCCUGCCCGGCCCCGGCCCCCGGAGCGAUGGACAAGCUGCCGCCGUCCAUGCGCAAGCGGCUAUACAGCCUUCCGCAGCAGGUGGGGGCCAAGGCGUGGAUCAUGGACGAGGAAGAGGACGCGGAGGAGGAGGGGUCUGGAGGCCGCCAGGACCCUAGCCGCCGGAGCAUCCGGCUGCGGCCGCUGCCCUCGCCCUCGACCUCGGCGGCCGCGGGCGGCACUGAGCCCCGGGGCGCGGCCCUCGGGGCGGCGGACGGUGAGGGGCCCGCCCGCAGCGCGGGCAAGUCCAGCACCAACGGCGACUGCCGGCGCUUCCGCGGGAGCCUGGUCUCGCUGGGCAGCCGGGGCGGUGGUGGCAGCGGCGGAGCGGGGGGCGGUAGCGGCCACGGGCACCUGCAUGACUCCGCGGAGGAACGGCGGCUCAUCGCCGAGGGUGACGCGUCCCCCGGCGAGGACAGGACGCCCCCGGGCCUGGCGGCGGAGCCCGAGCGCCCCGGCGCCUCGGUACAGCCAGCCGCUUCCUCGCCGCCGCCCCACUCGCCGCCGCCUCCGGCCGCCGCCUCCUGCGAGCCGUCCUCGAUGGACACCGCUAUCAAAGUGGAAGGAGGCGCGGCCGCCGGCGACCAGAUCCUCCCCGAGGCCGAGGUGCGCCUGGGCCAGGCCGGCUUCAUGCAGCGCCAGUUCGGGGCCAUGCUCCAGCCCGGGGUCAACAAAUUUUCUCUGAGGAUGUUCGGCAGCCAGAAAGCUGUGGAGCGUGAACAGGAACGGGUUAAGUCUGCCGGGUUUUGGAUAAUCCACCCCUACAGCGACUUCAGAUUUUACUGGGACCUGACCAUGCUGCUGCUGAUGGUGGGAAACCUGAUCAUCAUCCCGGUGGGCAUCACCUUCUUCAAGGAUGAGAACACCACUCCCUGGAUCGUUUUCAAUGUAGUGUCGGACACAUUCUUCCUCAUCGACCUGGUCCUCAACUUCCGCACAGGGAUCGUGGUGGAAGACAAUACAGAGAUCAUCCUGGACCCACAGCGGAUUAAGAUGAAGUACCUCAAAAGCUGGUUUGUGGUGGAUUUCAUCUCCUCCAUCCCCGUGGACUACAUCUUCCUCAUUGUGGAGACACGCAUCGACUCGGAGGUUUACAAGACAGCCCGGGCCUUGCGCAUCGUUCGCUUCACCAAAAUCCUCAGCCUCUUGCGCCUCUUGCGUCUUUCCCGCCUCAUUCGAUAUAUUCACCAGUGGGAAGAGAUCUUCCACAUGACCUACGACCUGGCCAGUGCUGUGGUCCGCAUCGUGAAUCUCAUCGGCAUGAUGCUGCUGCUGUGCCAUUGGGACGGCUGCCUGCAGUUCCUGGUGCCCAUGCUGCAGGACUUCCCGGACGACUGCUGGGUGUCCAUCAACGACAUGGUGAACAAUUCCUGGGGAAAGCAGUAUUCCUAUGCCCUCUUCAAGGCCAUGAGCCACAUGCUGUGCAUCGGGUAUGGGCGGCAGGCGCCCGUGGGCAUGUCAGACGUCUGGCUCACCAUGCUCAGCAUGAUCGUGGGCGCCACUUGCUACGCCAUGUUCAUCGGCCACGCCACGGCCCUCAUCCAGUCUCUGGACUCCUCCCGGCGCCAGUACCAGGAAAAGUACAAGCAGGUGGAGCAGUACAUGUCCUUCCACAAGCUCCCACCGGACACCCGGCAGCGCAUCCAUGACUACUAUGAGCACCGCUAUCAGGGCAAGAUGUUCGACGAGGAGAGCAUCUUGGGGGAGCUCAGUGAGCCACUGCGGGAGGAAAUCAUCAACUUUAACUGCCGGAAGCUGGUGGCUUCUAUGCCACUGUUUGCCAAUGCGGAUCCAAACUUUGUGACAUCCAUGUUGACCAAGUUGCGCUUCGAAGUCUUCCAGCCUGGGGACUACAUCAUCCGGGAGGGCACCAUUGGCAAGAAGAUGUACUUCAUCCAGCAUGGCGUGGUCAGUGUGCUCACUAAGGGCAACAAGGAGACCAAGCUGGCGGAUGGCUCCUAUUUUGGAGAGAUUUGCUUGCUGACCAGGGGUCGGCGAACAGCCAGCGUGAGAGCUGAUACCUACUGCCGUCUCUACUCACUGAGCGUGGACAACUUCAAUGAAGUGCUGGAGGAGUAUCCCAUGAUGAGGCGGGCCUUCGAGACCGUGGCACUGGACCGCCUGGACCGCAUCGGCAAGAAGAAUUCCAUCCUCCUCCACAAAGUCCAGCACGACCUCAACUCGGGCGUCUUCAACUACCAGGAGAACGAGAUCAUCCAGCAGAUUGUGCAGCACGACCGAGAGAUGGCCCACUGCGCUCACCGCGUCCAGGCCGCGGCGGCCGCCACGCCCACUCCCACGCCUGUCAUCUGGACCCCGCUGAUCCAGGCGCCUCUGCAGGCUGCUGCCGCCACCACUUCAGUGGCCAUUGCCCUGACCCACCACCCACGCCUGCCUGCGGCCAUCUUCCGACCUACCCCCGCCUCGGGGCUGGGCGGCCUGGGGGCGGGGCAGACGCCCAGACACCUGAAGCGGCUGCCGUCUUUGAUCCCGUCAGCGGCGCCAGGUCCCGCCUCGCCUGCCAGCAGCCCGUCGCAAGUGGACACCCCGUCUUCCUCCUCCUUCCACAUCCAGCAGCUGGCCGGCUUCUCCGCGCCCCCGGGACUGAGCCCGCUGCGGCCCGCCUCCAGCUCCUCCCCGCCGCCCCCCGGGCUCUGCGGCUCCUCCCCGGCCCCCACGCCCUCCGCCACGGCGCACGCCGGCUUUGGUCACUUCCACAAGGCGCUGGGGGGCUCCCUGUCCUCAUCCGACUCGCCCCUGCUCACCCCGCUGCAGCCGGGCGCCCGCUCCCCGCAGGCUACCCAGCCCCCGCCCCCGCUGUCCAGCGCCCGAGGCGGCCUGGGACUCCUGGAGCACGUCCUGCCGCCCCCGCCUUCAGCCAGGUCCCCGUCAGCCAGCCCCGGGCAGCUGGGCCAGCCUCCAGGGGAGCUGUCCCCUGGUCUGGCAGCUGGCCCACCGAGCACGCCAGAGACACCCCCACGGCAGCCAGAGCGGCUGUCCUUCAGUGCCGGAGCCUCUGGGGGGGCUUCUCCGGUCGCCUUUCCCCCUCGAGGAGGUCUCAGCCCCCCAGGCCACAGCCCUGGCCCCCCAAGAACUUUCCCAAGUGCCCCACCCCGGGCUUCUGGUUCCCACGGCUCCUUGCUCCUGCCACCUGCAUCCAGCCCCCCACCGCCCCAGGUCCCCCAGCGCCGGGGCACGCCACCCCUCACCCCUGGCCGCCUCACCCAGGACCUCAAGCUCAUCUCAGCCUCUCAGCCCGCCCUACCCCAGGACGGGGCACAGACUCUCCGCCGAGCCUCCCCACACUCCUCUGGGGAGUCCGUGGCUGCCUUUUCGCUCCUCCCCAGAGUUGGGGGCAGCAGUGGGGGCAGCGGAGGUCUCGGUCCUCCCGGGAGGCCCUAUGGUGCCGUCCCAGGCCAGCACGUCACUCUGCCUCGGAAGACAUCCUCAGGUUCUUUGCCACCCCCUCUUUCUUUGUUUGGGGCAAGAGCCGCCUCUUCUGGGGGUCCCCCUCUGACUGCUGCCCCCCAGAGGGAACCUGGGGCCAGGUCUGAGCCCGUUCGCUCCAAACUGCCGUCCAAUCUAUGA